AUGUACUUGAUACUCUUUGACACAGUCCCUACACAAGUUUCACCAGAGUAUAGAAGAAAUGGAAGGGUGAACUCAAUAGUUGGUCGAAGUUCUUGUGCCAAGAAGCUUCGUUUAGUUGAAUUGGAUGAUGUAAUAGAAGAUCAAGGUGGUGAUCAUUCUAUAUUGGAUGAUGUUGUACAAGAUCAAGGUGGUGAGAAUCCUAAAUUAGAUGAUGUGGUACAAGAUCAAGAUGGUGAGCAUGCUAACAUGGAUGAUGUGGUACAAGAUCAAGGUGGUAACCAUGCUAACAUGGAUGAUGUGGUACAAGAUCAAGGUAGUGACCAUGCUAACUUUGAUUAUGAUGACUUUAAUUAUGAAAACUUUUCUCAUGAUCACUUUGAUCCUUUUGAUGGAGAACAUUAUCAACUACCAGAAGAUGAGAAUGUUGAAAACCAUCAGUCUGAACAUGAAAAGUCUACUGACAGUGAUGAUCUUGGGCAACAAUCAGAAGACCAGUACGAUGAACUUGUUGAUGAUGAAAACAAUGUAUCAUAA